UCUAUUUUGUCGGCUUUGUAGAGCCUUUGCUGUCACAAGUCGGUACGGAAAAGGUGAUUAAUCCGUUCGCCGAUAUUCGUACCGGACACUCCAUGGAAUUGUGAAGCAUAAUUCGUGACAUUCAGGCGGGUCUUGCGAUGGUCCAGCUGGAUGAUUGCACUAUGGAAGAGAUGGUGCCGUGUUUUAGUCAUCGUUGGGCCGUAGUUUUGUGUUGUGUAGCUUUCCGUACAAAGUAAAGAAGGGCCGCAGCGAAAAGGGAGCUGAGGUAGGAAGUUUUAUGUUUUUUUGUCGGUGUGAUUGUGAAAGUGAAUUUUGACCCCGAAGGGAAACUGAGAGGAAAGGUGGAAAUCAACAAACAAGACCAGAUAAAGCAGGGCAGCACUUAUCAAUUACUCAACGGCAAGUGGAACUCAGUUUUCACCACCACCUGCCGUAAGGCCUGCACAAUGGCUUUCGUCAAAGAUCCCUGCGGUAUUGUUUGCGUGCUGGUCACCUAUAUGGCUGUCCUGUACGCAGACUAUGUGGUAACGCAUUGGAUAAUUCUGCAAACAAUGCCCAACAGUCUUUGGGCACCGUUUCAUGUGGUGGCGUUCAAUACGAUCGUGUUCCUGCUGGCUAUGGCUCAUCUGAAAGCGGUACUGCUCGAUCCGGGAACGGUUCCGUUGCCCCAAAUCCGUAUUGAUUUUUCCGACCUUCACUCAGAGAAAAAUUACGGCCACGAGCGGGAAGAAUGGACGAUGUGCACACGGUGUGAAACGUACCGACCGCCAAGGGCACACCACUGCCGCAUCUGUAAACGGUGCAUCCGGCGCAUGGAUCAUCACUGUCCGUGGAUUAACAAUUGUGUCGGCGAGCGAAACCAGAAAUAUUUCCUCCAGUUCCUUAUGUACGUUUGCGCACUUGCCGUUUAUUCGAUCUUUCUGAUCGUGAUCUCGUGGUUGUAUCCGUGCGAAGACUGUCAUACGGAUGUGACGCAAGCCCAGAGCCGGAUGAUGCACAGCGUACUGCUGUUACUUGAAUCGGCCCUGUUUGGGCUAUUCGUAAUAGCGAUCAUGGUCGAUCAGAUGCAUGCGAUACUGUACGACGAGACGGCAGUAGAGGCGGUCCAGCAAAAGGGCCCAUACCGGAUCCAUCGGCCAAAGAUGGCCCUGCUGGCAGAGGUUUGUGGCCGUGGACAUCCCAUGCUAUGGAUGCUGCCCUGUACCAGCCUCAACCGAAAACAUCACGAUGUGCCGUUACUGAGCCAUGAUGUGUAAAAGAUCUCAAUUCAUGCGCGAAGUGCCCUCUCAGAGGUUGAGAUAAGCGUAAUUGUACAGUAAGUGAAACGGAUCUAUCUGAAUGGAAUGGAAUUGACGCAGGGAGGUAGCACGUGCAAAAAAAAAACAGCGAAGAAAAAACAUGCUUGGGAAACACAAAUUCCUACUCAAUUGGUCUCAGGAAACGCUAUAGACAGACACCUUUGGCGCCAGACGACUGGGUAGCCCAUUGAGCCCAUUUGCAUUAUCGUGCAUUUAUGAUCUACGUACUACCUUGUCUAAUUAGUUUUUUCAUUACGCCACGAACGGUGUGGUUUGCGAUGUCGACAAGCGUGUGUGUGUGAUGAUGUGCGCGCUGCCAUUUUCCCAUGGCGCAAAUUCCUUCGCGUGACCAAAGACUCGGGAAAAACAGGGUCGCAUUUGCUUCUGUAGUAAGAGUUAUUUUCGAUUAACAGUCAGGGCCUUUAGCUGUUGUCGUCUGCUAGGAUGGACGUUUAUGUACGUUUAUUUAUUAGUUCCAUUUUGUGCUCCUAAAAUGUUGUCUUUGCAUUAAUUUGGUUGAGGGGUAAAUUAUGGAAGGAUUUUGCAAGGUUUCGUUUAAGCUUCUCGAGAGGUAUCUAAGCAAUAGCAGUGUUUAAAGCAACAGCUCCUUUCUUGAAUGGCGCUAGCUUAUGUUCACUUUCCCCUCCAUCCGAAUGGAUCGAUAAUCCAAGGAAUAAUCUUCCAACUGGGAAGGGUGCAUAAACAACCCCAAUAACACACCAAGAGUUGUCUAGGAAUUGAUGUAAAUUUGUGUACCAAAGUAGUUGAUCUAUCCUCGAACAAACAGAUGCAAACCGAACAGGACAAGUAUACUGUUAUACCCUUCAGUAAUAAGUCGAGCUGAUAUUACAAAUUACUUUAUAAUACAUCCAGCAAAGUAGCAUUUAGCGCGCUACAAAAACGAACAGGUUUGGUUUUGGUACAGUUUCGCAUUAUUUGUUUACAGGUGAAAAAAGAAGCUAGAUUUAAUUCAUCCUCUGUAGACAUGUAGUUAGUUUAGUGAGCUUUAUUUCUUGUGUUUAGAAUAGCCACCAAGAAAAACAAACUGACCAACCAGAGUGGUUUCCUAUUGAACGGUAACUCUUGACCUCGUACAUUGAACAAAAGUAAACAAUCACGCAAAAUUAGAUGCAUUCUACUUUAGUGAUCGAACUUAGAAUCCACGCACAUCCAUCUAGAAAAGGGAAAGGAGGGACAUGAAUUAAUUGCACAAGCCUAUUAAUUUAAGCAGCAGACAGGAACGUACCCAAACUAGAAGCUUUUUUGUAAAGAAACCGCACUCGCUCACAUUGUCCUCUUUCGAUCCCGCUCGAUCGACUAGAAACGAGCUUAAGCAUUUCUGCCUCUUGUUGAUUACCUUCUAGACUCUGUUUUCUUCUGUUUUCUAGUUGCUUUAAUUAUUCAUAAAUAGCAGUAAGAUUGUUUCUUUUCCGACAGCCUCAGGUUGAUUUAUGUAUGUACAGUUAUAGUAUUACAAAACAUUAUGUUACGCCGGUUGUAUUAAGCGCAAUUAGCAUUAAUUUCGGGUACAAGUCGUGCAGAUGUGUGUUUUAGAUUUAGUUUUAUUUGUAAAUGUUUAAUUUGCGUUUAAACGAACGUGUCUCGAAACAGUUUACCAACGUUCGCUCGCCUACCCCACGUAAACUCGCCCACCCCUGCCACUCACUCGCACGUAGAUAAUUUUGCAAGAGAAACAGUAGUUUAAAGUGUAGGAAGAGCAAUAGCAACACAAACUGGUAGUGUGUCCCAACGAUGCGAGAACCACUUUCAUGGUGGUGUAAAUAAUUCAUCCAUUCGAUGUCAAUCGUUUCGAACUCGUCGUUCAGUGUAGCUUUUUUAACAGACGAACAUACUCUAGUACAUUGUUUCAGAGGUACUGCAACACGGGAUACGUUUGUAUUAAUCAAAUCGUUUUACAGCAGAUACACGGACAUGACACAAGGAAACUUUUACAAUAGGUAACAGGUUCAUGUUUUGGGCAGAUUGUGUAAAAAUAAACAUACUGGGUCCUCCGAGAGCAUUAACAUACGUUUUCACCUGUUUGGAGAAAAAAGGCAGGGAAAACUACUAUGCAUCAAUAUUUAUAUUUUUGUGAUCCGCAAAUAAAUGUAUCAACUGAU